AUGGCAGGAAAGAAAACGGGUGCGGUGGGGGCUGGGGCGGCUGGCAAUGGGAGGAAAGCGGCGGAAACGACCAAGAAGAGCAAUGCUGCCACUGGUGAUGACGUGCCUGGUCUGAUCUCUGGGAGUCUCGUGCUGCGUCUGGCGGUGCUGGCGGUGCUGGUUGCUGUCUUGAUUCAGCUGUUCUGGAAGCCGACGGAUUCUCCAGUGGCGCCAGCUCCGACGCCAUCGGCUGCUCCAGGCACACCGUCGCCAGCACCCACUGCAGCGCAAAGUCUCCCCACAGCCGCCAUCCCAGACCUCAAAGCCCGAGCCGAGGAAGCCAUGGCAGAUUCGCGUACCACCUGCAAUCAGCUCAUUCGCGCCGCCAAUGCCUAUCUCCAGGUGGAAGACUACGACAAUGCGUUCUCCUGGAUGGACCAGGCGAUUCAGCUGGAGCCAAGCAAUUCAGACUUUGUGGCCGUGCGUGGCGAGUGGGCCCUCAAGGCAGGGCGCGUGGACGAUGCUGUCGAACAGCUGGAGCGAGCGCUUGAAAUCAUCCUGCACCUUGACCCUGGGACAUGGCGCAAAACUCUCUUGCAGGUGGAGCGGGUGCUGAAGCAACUCGUGCACGUUUAUAAGCGAAGCCAUUAUUUGGCCUUUGCGCACGCGGGCCUCGACGUGCUGGCCACCAUGUUUCCCAACAACGAGGCCCUGACCCAGGAGCAUGCCGAGUACAGCUAUGUGAGCAAUGGCUUUGGAUUUUCUGCAGUCCACAAUGCAGCCGCCGCAGGCUUGACUGACCUGUUAUCACAGCUCAUUAAUGCGGGUGCCGUCCUGGCAGCCCGCAACUCACUACAGCAGACCCCACUUCACCUGGCUGUCAUGCGUGGGCAUGCAGAGAUGGUGCACCUGCUCGUGCAGCUAGGACUACCAGUGGCCGGCAAGGACAGCUUUGGCCGCAGCGCAUUAGACAUGGCUUGCCUGCACUACUGGCAUCAAUCUGCUCUUUUACCCUUGCUGCACGAUGGGAGCUGCCCAGACUCGACCAAGCCGUUGCGUGCACCGUACGUGCCGAGCCAUUUCUUGCCAGAUCCCUCUUGUCAGCUUGUCUUCUGGUUGCUGAUUUGGCCUUGCUCAAACGACGUUUGGGCUCGCCGCAGCUUGGUGGAUACGCCUUUGGAGAUGGGUGGAUGGAAAAUCCAUCCCGACCUGGCUGAAGGGGAAGCCCGACACACGUGUGAGAUUGACGUGGUCCAGGAUAUCGAUGCGGAGACAUUUUUGCGGGACUACCUGAGUCUCCAGCGACCCGUUUUGAUUCGCAAUGCGCUCGGCACCCCGGGCUGGGAGCGCGUGCGCAAGCAUUGGCAACGCGAUGCUUUCUUUAAUGUUUUUGGUGACUUGACCUUUCCCAAAGGCGCGAUUCCCUAUGCGGGGCGCUUUGACAAAGAGGAAAACAUUACAUCCAUUCGCGGCUUUAUGGCCGAGAUGGACGAUGUGGCUGAAGCUUUUGCCAAAGGCAUCACGACGCCCGUGCCGCCACAAUAUAUUUUUGCGAGCUUGGCGGGCGAGUCGCCACUGCUUCAAGAUGCAGAAGUACCACGUGCCCUGAACCCAAGCAUUACCGAGAUCGCGUCACGCAACGUCCAAGUACGAGUCUUGAUGUCACGGCUGUGCCCACGUCAUUCGAUUUGUCCGGCGUACUGGCUCAUCAUAGCCGUGACCAUGUAUUAG